AUGUCAGUUAAUCCGGAGGCUUUGCAGAAACUAUUAAUGGAGAUGGACAACCAGCUAAAUAAGUCAAGAGCUGAGUUGUCCAUGUGCAAUCUCCAGUUAGAAAGAGUCGAUUCAAAUAUAAACUUGAUUAAACAAACAUCUACUUCAUUGAACUCGCUAUGUGAUGUGAAAGCAGGAGAAGUGGUAUGGCAAGGAAUUGGUAAGGCCUUUGUCUCAUGUGAUGUGAACUCGUAUUUGACUAGUAUUGAUAAAGACGAAAAAGAAUUCUUAGAAACAAAGAGUGGACUUGAGAAGAAGAAAGUCUACUUAGAAACAACUUUAGAGAAAACUAUUGACGGCAUGAGUAAAAUCGUUGGACCACCUCAAAAUUGA